AUGAGUGAAACCGGCUCCGGCUACAAAGAGAAUCUUUAUUCUAUUGAUCCAAAUGAAACUACAACUGCCGUGUCACAAGACGACAGACAUGACGAUGUGAAGCAAGGCUUUGACACCGGCGUCAAGGCUUGGCUACAAGUGCUCGGUUCUUUUUUCCUCUAUUUCAAUUCAUGGGGAAUCAUUAACGCCUUUGGAGUGUUCGAAACGUACUAUGAACAACAUAUUCUAUCCCAUCAGUCGCCAUCAUCGAUUGCUUGGAUCGGAUCGGUUCAAUCAGCCUUGCUCAUGGUAGUCGGCGUCGUCAGUGGCCCGCUCUUUGACGCAGGAUACUUUUAUGCGCUUUUACCAACCGGCACUUUUCUCGUUGUGCUUGGGAUGAUGAUGACGAGCCUCUCUACAAAAUACUAUCAGAUCAUGCUGGCACAGGGUAUCUGUGUUGGUAUUGGGGCCGGCUUCUUGUUCGUCCCAUCAGUUGCGCUUCUGCCGCAAUAUUUUCACAAGAGACGAGCUUUGGCAAAUGGCGUUGCUGCAUCGGGCAGCAGUAUUGGCGGAGUCCUCAUCCCCAUCAUGUUUCGGCAACUCGAAAUAAGGAUAGGAUUCCCUUGGGCGACCCGCGUCAUCGCCUUUCUUUCUCUAUCAACUUGCGCUAUUUCGAUUGGUGUCAUGCGACAGCGCUUCAGACCAAAGGAGAAGAGAGCCCUGCUGCAGCUUUCUGCAUUCAGAGAAGCUCAGUAUUCGCUCUUUUGUUUGGCCUGCUUUUUAGGCUUCCUGGGUUUCUACAACUUCUUAGUAUAUGUGCAGCCGUUUGCAAUUGAUGCCGGGAUUGUGGAUGCUAAUCUGGGAUUCUAUCUUCUUGCCAUCUUGAAUGCUACGUCAACAUUUGGCCGCUUCGGCCCAAAUUUUGUUGCCGACUAUAUCGGUUCACUCAACGUUCUCUGUCCGGCAUUGACCAUUACGGCUGUUUUAGCAUAUUGCUGGAUUGCUGUAAACAGCACGUCGGCAAUUAUCGCGCUUUCGGCGUUAUACGGCUUCUUUUCGGGAGGGUUUGUGUCUUUGAUAGCGGUGGUCAUGAUGGAGAUCACUCCAGACAUCAGCACGCUAGGAACUCGGCUGGGUAUGUGCUUUGCGCUUGAGUCCAUUGGGCUACUUAUCGGAACUCCAAUUGGAGGGACCAUAAUCAGCCGUACUGGGUCGUAUCUUGGCGUGCAGUUGUUCUGUGGCUCAUGUCUUGCUGCCUGUGCUGUAAUUCUCAUCACCAUUCGGCUGCUGCGGAGUGGGCCGACACUUAUGUACAAGACAUAA